AGAGAGAGAGAGAGAGAGAGAGAGAGAUGGCGAUGGCAGUGUUGAUUGCGGCCUCGCUUGUGGCUAUGAUGGGAGGUAGCGGUUUAGUUCUGGCAUGGGAGGACAGUAAGGUGAUCCAUGUUGGUGGAAGAGUUCUGUGCCAGGAUUGCACCAAGGGCUACGACGAAUGGGUUAAGGGUGGCAGUCCUAUUAAAGGAGCUAAGGUCUCGCUCACUUGCAUGGACCAAAGGCACAGAGUGAUAUUCUACGGAAGCGACGACGCCGACGGAGCUGGCCAAUUCAACAUGGUUGUGAACAGGCACAUCAACGGAAAGCGACUCGAUGGGAAACUGUGCUCGGUGAGGCUCGUGUCGUCCCCGGACCCGGAUUGCAAUGUCGCCACUGACUUUGCCAGCGGGCGCCGAGGAGUCAAGCUCAGCCGCCCGACCUCAGUGUACCGCGAAGUGAUUAAGUACUCUGUCGGGCCGCUGUACUACACAUCUCCCAUGUGUGAGGAACCUGAAAUGGAAUAAGAACGGAGUUACCGAGUAACCUCGUGCGAAGGAAUUGCCCAUGUUUCUUGCUCCUCGUUUUUCAUGU